AUGGAAGAUAAAAAAAGAUGGAGCUCUUUACUGCAUGCAGCAAGUAAUGGCCGGACUGACACUGUAAGACUGUUGCUAACUAAAACAGAGAACUGUAAUAUUAGAGACGAUCAUGGACGAAACGCCCUAAUGUUAGCAUCUUUUUAUGGGAUUGAAAGUAAUGUCGAAAUUCAGACCGAAGACAAUGAAGGAAACAAUGCAUUAAUGCUUUGUGCUAUGAACGGACAUACUGAAACAGCAGAGGUUUUAAUUCAAAAUGACAUAGAAAUUGACAGAAUGGAUAACCAUCACAGUAACGCUUUAAUUCAUGCUGCUUGUAAUGGACAUACUAAAAUUGUCAAACUGCUUAUUACCAACAAAGCAAAAGUUAAUAGCUUGGAUCGUUCUAAAUAUAAUGCUCUAAUCCGGGAUUUAAGUAGACGCAACAGCAUAAUGCUGGCAGUAUCUAAUGGACAAACCGAAACAGUUAAGUUUCUAAUCCAAAGAAACAUCGACGUUACCUGUGAAGACAAUGAUGGUUUUAAUGCUAUCAUGUACGCUGCAUCGAAUGGGCACAUUGAGACUUUAGAAGUUUUAUUAACUAUCGAAGCUGAUGUUAACUGCACAGACUAUAAAGGCCUCAGUUGUUUAAUGCACGCUGCUUCGAAUGGACAUAUAGAAACAGUUAAGCUGCUGCUAAAAAAGAAAGCUGACAUUAAAUAUAAAGAUAAUGAAGGAAUGAAUGUUUUAAUGCAUGCUGCAUCACACGGACGCAACAAAACUGUAAGUGAAUUACUUCAAUGUAACGCUGAUGUCAACAGCACAGAUAACAAUAACAUGACCCCUGUAAUGCAUGCAUCGUCCAAAGGUCACAAUGAUACUGUAAAGCUCUUGAUAGAGCGUCAAGCAAACAUUUACAGUGAAGAUUUCAAGGGAUGGACCUGUCUAUCACACGCUGCUAAUAAUGGCCAUAAUACGACCGUCCAACUCUGGCUAGACAAUAAUGUGGACAUUAACAAAAAACAUAAAGAUGGAGGGAACGCUUUAAUGCUUGCCGCUAGUAGAGGCCAUUCUAUAACGGUAAAUAUUUUACUUGAAAACCAUGCAGAAAUAAAUGCUAAAGAUAAAAACGAGCGUAAUUCAUUAAUGAUGGCUGCAGCUAAUGGAAAUUUAGAAACAUUUAAUAUUUUACUUGAACGAGGAGCCGAUCUACACAAAAUUGACACAAAUCGUCAGAACGCGUUAAUGCAUGCUGUGCUUCGUGGGCGUAUUCAUAUCGUAAAAGUUUUAAUGCAACAAUAUACUGAAACUAAUUUCCAGGAUAUUAAGGAUAUUAAAGGAAGGGACGUUUUAUCGUUAGCUUCUAUUAAGGGACAUGUGGAUAUUGUCAAUUUACUUUUUAAUAGUAUAGUUAAUAUUAAUAUAAACUCUAAAGACGAUGAGGAAUGCACACCUUUAAUGCUUGCUUCUUCUAAAGGACAUAUAAAAACAGUUAAAAUUCUGCUUGAGAAAAGGGCCACAAUAAAUUUGCCGGAUAAGAGAGGAAAGACGGCGUUAAUGCAUGCAGCGUCUAAUGGGCAUAAAGAAAUUGUUAUCGUUUUAAUUAAUAACGAUUCAUUACAACUAAAUUCAAAAGACGUUGAAGACCGUAACGCCUUAGAUCACGCUGUUGAUAACAAUCAUAUUGACGUAGCUAAACUGCUACUUAAAAAGAAGUUACAUAGUACUACAGCUUUAGGCAUUGCUUCAACUAAUGGACAAACUGAAAUUGUUGAAUUAUUAUUGAAAUGUGAGGCUCCAAUUAAUGCACAUAGCAAUCAUCCGACUAUUUCGCUUUGCAAUCGUACUGAUUAUCCAUUAAAUAAAGCUGUUGAAAACAGACAUAUUGACACUGUAAAGAUGUUACUGAAAUAUGGCGCUGACAUUAACCUCGGAUAUGUUAAUGAAAUGAACUCUGUUGCUUUAGCCGUUUCCAAUGUAGACGAUGAUAUUGUAGAGGUUUUACUCACAACUAAGCCUUCCAAAAUAUAUAGGAAAAGAACACAAACAUGCAGUCCUCUAUUGUGGACAACAACAAGAGAACUUAAAGCAAAAAGCCAUGGAAAAUGUGCUUUAGGCAUUGCACAUGCGAUGGGAAAUAAACCAAUGAUCAGACUCUUACUAGAAUACAGAGAUGAACGUCUAUGUGACAAAUGCAAGGAAAUAAAACAUAUAACAGGUUCUGUGAAAUACGACUUGCCUGAUGAAAUAGUGAAUAAGGUAAUUUCUGAACUAGAAGCUAACCAACUAUCCACUGUAUUAGGUAAGAACUGGGAAGGUGUCAUGUACAAUCUGGGUCUAUCAAACGUCGAGUUAGAACAAGAAAAGCAAACGAACGGCAAUGUCGUAUCAACAACGAUCAGCAGUUUGCUUAUCAGAUGGAAGCAGCGGUCGAAAGAAAAAGCUACCAUAGGAUUUUUGUUGAAAAUAUUCGAAGAUUCUGAAGAUAAAAAUCUUUCUUUUAUAGACUGGGAGAGAACUGGGAGGAUUUUUGAAAUAAGAUGA